AUGGAAAACAAUGAAUCGUCAGUAGCCAGAGUCGCGGUGAAAAUUCCCGAGUUCAUUUCGUCGGAUCCUGAACUUUGGUUCGCCAUGGUCGAGGGAAGUUUUGCCAGCGCAGGUAUCAAGAUCGACAGUACGAAAUUUGGGUAUGUUGUCGGCGCAUUACCACCCAAAUAUGCGGUUGAAGUGAAAGAUAUCAUAAUGGCACCACCAUCGGAAAACAGGUACGUAAAAAUUAAACAAGAAUUGGUCAAACGUCUCAGCGCAUCCCAAGAAGAAAAAACUCGCCAACUAUUGGAACGGGUCGAAAUGGGUGAUAGAAAACCAUCGCAAUUUUUACGCCAUCUUCAAAGCCUAGCUGACACCUCCAUUCCUGAAACACUGUUAAAAACGCUGUGGAUGGGCCGACUACCGAAAAGUAUUCAGGUAGCGCUGGCGAUCGUCAAGGACUGCAAACUCGAGGACCUCGCAGCACACGCAGAUAAUAUUGCAGACGCGUCUGGUCCUAUGCUACCUCAGAUCGCGGAAUCAACUGUGAGUAAUACUCUGGAAGCUACGUUAAAUCUUAAGCUUUCACAGCUAGCGCUAGGGAUUAAUCAGGAAAUCACGGCGCUGAGAAAAGAAAUCGCUGAGAUCAACACCCGUCCUGCACGUGGGCGAAGCCCCGAUCCUAGUGCCCAUCGUUCAAGAUCUCGAUCACGAAGUCUCGGAAAACUAGAAAGGCAAUCACUGAUGGCGGCCAGUGAGCCAAUGCCAUUUCCACGCCGCCUAUUUCUAACCGAUCGUGUCUCACGAAUACAAUUUCUUAUUGACACUGGAGCCGAUUUAUGUGUAUACCCACGCAGUGUGGUUCAAGGUCAACGAGAUAAAUCGGACUACUCCCUAUCAGCAGCCAACGGGACGACCAUUGCUACGUACGGAACUAUUACACUUGCUCUUGAUUUCGGACUUCGUCGAGUUUUCACUUGGAGAUUUGUGGUCGCGGAUGUAUCCAAGCCUAUCAUUGGUGUGGAUUUUUUAAACCAUUAUAAUCUUCUGGUAGAUAUACGUAAUCAACGUCUCUUGGACGGUCUCACGCAACUCACUGUACAGGGUCAAGCUGCGAAAUGCGACAUACAAUCCAUCAAAACAGUUGUCGGAACAACAAGGUACCAUGACUUAUUACAGGAGUAUCCUGAGAUAACCCGACCUGUUGGAGUAAUCAAGGACAUCAAACACAACACCAAACAUUACAUCCAGACGACACCAGGAUCUCCCGUCGCGUGUAAACCAAGGCGUCUAGCCCCUGACAAACUCAAGGGAGCCAAAAAGGAGUUUGAGACUAUGCUAAAUUUGGGUAUAGCUCGACCUUCUAAAAGCCCUUGGUCUUCACCACUCCACCUGGUUUCAAAGAACACUACGGACGCAUGGCGACUCUGUGGAGAUUAUCGUGCACUUAAUACUCGAACUAUCCCAGACCGCUACCCAGUUCGUCACAUCCAGGAUUUCACACACUUCCUUCACGGAAAAAACAUUUUCUCAACAAUCGAUCUGGUAAGAGCCUAUAAUCAAAUUCCUGUAGCAGAGGAAGAUAUCAAUAAAACGGCCAUAAUAACACCAUUUGGACUUUUCGAGUUUCCUUUUAUGUCUUUCGGACUCAGAAACGCAGCUCAGACGUUCCAACGUUUUAUUGACGAAGUACUCCGUGGACUUGAGUUUUGUUUCAGUUAUAUCGAUGAUAUACUGGUAGCUUCUACUUCUGAAGAAGAACAUAUCAAGCACUUACAGAUCAUUUUCAAUCGGUUACGUGAAUACUCUUUAGUAAUCAACCCUUCCAAGUGCAUUUUCGGACAAAAAGAAGUCAAAUUCCUAGGUUACCUUAUUUCCACAGAUGGCACACGUCCUUUACCUGACAGAAUCGACGACAUCUUGAAAUACAAGAAACCGACAUCAGCAAAAGGGUUACGACAGUUCCUGGGUAUGAUAAACUUCUAUCGACGUUUUAUACCCGGAGCUUCAGAAGCACAAGCACCAUUGAACGUCUUACUGGUUCCCAAUCUCAAAGGCAAAACUCCUAUCAACUGGACACCUGAAGCUACUGCUGCUUUCGAAAAUUGUAAAGAGAAACUUGCCUCAGCCACGUUACUUGCUCAUCCUCGCGACAAUGCACCAUUGGCCAUUGUAAGUGAUGCUUCUGACACCGCAGUGGGCGCGACUCUCCAACAAUUCGUCAACACGGGAUGGCAGCCUCUCGCAUUCUUUUCAAAAAAACUUUCAGUAACUGAAUCUAAAUACGGAGCCUACGAUCGUGAACUCCUUGCUAUCUAUCUUGCUGUCAAACAUUUUCGACACAUGGUAGAAACUCGCAAUUUUACCAUUUUCACUGACCACAAACCCAUCACUUUCGCCUUUCAGCAGAAACUUGAAAAGUGCUCACCACGCCAAUUUCGUCACCUAGAUUAUAUCUCACAGUUUACUACAGACAUAAGAUAUGUGCCAGGUAAACAGAACAUCGUGGCCGACGCUCUCUCUCGAGUGGAAGUUCUUUCGGAUACACUGGAUUAUACUGCCCUGGCUAAAUCUCAACAAGAAGACGACGAAUUAAAAACGUAUUUACGGAGUGACACUGGACUACAGCUUAAGCAAAUUCAAAUGCCCGGCAUGGAUGUUCCUGUGUUUUGCGACACCAUGACACCAACCGCCCGACCUUUCAUUACAAAAUCUUUUCGACGUGCUGCUUUUAAUACUGUCCAUCGUCUUUCACAUCCAGACCUCAUCAUUAUGCCAUAUUCAGAAGGAUUCCGCUACUGCCUUACGUGUAUCGAUAGAUUUACUCGAUGGCCGGAAGUGAUACCUUUGGAGAACCAAGAAGCAGAGACUGUCGCCCGAGCAUUUUAUACACAUUGGAUUUCAAGAUUUGGUACACCUCUUAUUAUAACGACUGAUCAAGGGAGACAAUUCGAAUCAAACCUUUUCAAGUAUCUAGGAUAUUUGACUGGUACAAAUCACCUUAGGACUACGGCCUACCACCCUUCAGCAAACGGUAUGGUAGAACGAAGCCAUCGACAGCUUAAGGCCGCUAUCAAAUGUCACCAGAACAAACGGUGGACUGAAAUACUCCCAACAGUCUUAUUAGGCAUACGAGCAGCUUGGCGCGAGGAUCUGAAGUCCACAUCCGCAGAACUUGUAUUCGGAGAACCACUUCGUCUACCUGGUGAAUUUCUCUCAACAAGAUCAGAUGACGCUAAGUUUGAGAACGCAGCAGAGUUCAUCAAGGAUCUUCGACACCAGAUUCGCCAGAUACAACCGGUAAAUGGAACCUGCCACGGAGAAAAGAAAAAUUUCAUAUUUAAGGACCUCGCCACCUCCAAACAAGUGUUUAUUCGUCAUGAUGGACCGAAAAACUGUCUACAAAUGCCGUACGACGGCCCAUACCCAGUUGUAAGUCGCAAUCGGAAAACCUUCUGCAUUGACGUGAAAGGGAAAAAGAUAACAGUGACUAUUGAUAGACUGAAACCAGCCUACAUAAUUGCUGAUGACAUACACGAGGAGGUUAGCUCCAGAAACAUGAAACAUGCCACACCCGAAUCUAUCGCAAAUAAGGAACCAAAAACAGAAGAACCGACACCAGAAACAAAAGACAGGAAAACGCGUUCCGGUAGAAGAGUCCAUUUCCCCGAACGUCUUCAAAUAAGUUCCUGCUGA